AUGGAAAAGCUGAAGCGGAUGGCGAGGGACUUUAGAAAGCUUCGAGGCGGCUCUACGGAUGAGAAAAAGGACGAGCAGCAUGUUGACCGUGAUUGGGACUUUGACUCAAGCAAGUACGAUAAAAAGGUUCUAGGAAAGCUGGAGCGGCACCUUUACGACGGGAUCGAAAUCAUCAAGAUCGCUUUCCUCACAUUCGUCGUCGAUGAAGGAUUACCUCCGCAACACAGAUGGAUCUAUCAAACCCUCUUGUUGCAGUAUCGACAAACACUGAGCAAUAAGAUCUACCCUUGGACUUAUCUGAGUGCACUCCUUGCUUGGAUUUUCCCGAACAUCAACUUUCACCCAUACACUUUGGCCCUCAUCGCCGACAGCCAGAUCCGUUCUCAAUACGCAAGCCUGCCGAAUGACGCCGUUUUCAUCUUGCGUCCCAUAUUCUUUGCAGGAGCUCGUAUCAUUAUUCGAAUGCUAUUCGACUUUCGCGAUAUAUCGGUUGCUCUGGAAACGUUCUUGGGGUCUUCGGAUUUUUGGCCAACCGCUGUUGCGCCAAUCUUACCAGGGUUGCUGCUCAACGCCCCGAGGCAUACAAUCAAUGGAUUCGUCCCAGAAGGAAAGCAAGGAAUCAUCACAGCGAUAGUUCUGUGGGCAUGCAUCGCUGUUCUCCCCAAAGUUUUUCACUACUCAUUUUGGCUUUGGUUUACGGGGCCCGAUCCAUUUGCGCAGCCAGUGAUGGCUGUCGAGUGGUUGCUCUGCUCAAUCUUUUGGUUCUCGAAAGGUGUUCCGUUCCAGGCAGCUUAUGUCAUGCAUCUCUUCACCAACCAGUACCCUCAUCAGGAGUUUUGGCUACGGCAUAAUGGUGGAGAGGCGUCAACGAUUCUUCGGAUGGAGCGCCGGGGUUGCCUCUGGUUUGCGAUUACGAGCUUCUUCAUCAAAGUCCUCGAGACGGAUCCGACCUCAGCCAAAACUGGGUCUUUGACGCUUCCUAUCAGCACUUCGCUCAAGAUUGCUGUUUUGAUCGGAAUAGGCUUAUACCUAGUGAGGUAUGGCAUGGCAAUGCGAAUGACAAGAUUCAGGCACAAGCCAUUACGACGACCAAACGAAUUCCGCAUUCUACGACUUCGAGCCCAGCCAUGCUUCCGUAACUCGCCAGUACAAUGCGAAAUCAUUCACUCAACCUUGGAUUCUCCUCCUCCAUAUCGAGCAGUAUCCCACCGCUGGGGCUCCGUAGGGGAUGAGCCUCAGAUUAUACUGGUCGACGGGGCGCCUUUUCUAGUCUCUACAAGUGUAUACGAUCUUCUUAUAGAGCUACGCGAAACCCGUUUUUCUCAUCUGCUGUGGAUCGACUCCGUUUGCAUUGACCAGUCAAACGCUGUAGAAAAGAGUCAACAAGUUGGGCUGAUGCGAGAGAUCUUCGAGGAGGCCACGUCAACCAUUGGAUGGCUCGGUAAGAGCCCAGUAGCGGCGAAGGCAUUCGAUCUGGUACGGCGGAUUGCGAUUGCAGAAGAGAUGAACCAGAAGGAGCUUUUGAGCCUAAAGUCAUCCCCUUCUUCUGGUUGGCAGGAACUACUGGCUCUCAUGAACAACAGCUGGUUUAAUAGAGUUUGGAUCAUUCAAGAGAUUGCCGCCUCGAAAGACACCAAACUUCGAUGCGGAGAUGCGAUGAUCCAUUGGGAAGUCUUCGCAGCCGGUUUGGGCCGGAUCUUGGCUCAAGGACUAGCAGGCGAUGAAGACUUGUCCAUAUUCGUCAACGAACACCUGAUGAAUGCGCUCAUCAUGGAGAAUAUGCAUAUGCAGGUUGACGAGGUCGAUCGCCUAGCUCUUAAAGAUGCCCUGAAGCUCGGAUCAAGAUUUAAAGCAACACUUUCUGUCGACAACGUUUUCGCUUUGUUGGGUAUCACCAAAGAACGCAACGCGCCGCUGUUUCAUCCGAAUUUCCGGCACAGUGAAGUCUUUACAGAAGAAAUUUUUUCUCGGGGCGGGGUCGCGAAAGACUUGUUUGACACUUUGGAUUCAUUUGUCGAAUUUUCCCACGGGCUUAGAAGGACAAAUCCACUUCAAAGCAGAAAGACCAUCAGAUUACUAAACUCUAUACCCAGGGCGACACGAUCUUUGACUGAGAUGUUGGAUGGUAUGAGUAGCAUUCUCGAUCGAUCGAAAAAGUCUAAAGGGAGCCCAUAUGACAUCAAGCCGGACUAUACCGACAAGAGCACGCCCGAGGUUAUAUACACCAUGGUCGCCCGAGAACUUGUUAGAACAGGAGAUGCCUUCGCCUUUCUUCGAUACGCAGGGAUUGGCAACCCUAGGAACCCGUCAUUUGAUAACCUGCCAUCGUGGGUUCCGGAUUGGUCAGCCGAUGUCAACGUUUACAUUUUGCCCCAUGUUGUCAAACCGCCGAUUAAGAAACCAAAAUCAAAAUCAGCCGGCGGAGCCAAAAGCGGCGAGAAUCAUAGAGCUUCGGUAUCUGAUGGCGGAUUCAACCUACUUCACGUCAAGGGAGCUGUGAUCGGUAAGGUUACUUACGCAACAACCAUGCGAGAGAACCUGGGAAAGUCCAGAGGAAAUGAUCUCAAGGAUGCAACAGCGGAUUUAGAGCUUCUGCUUUCAAACCUUGAUUCGGCUUUGAACGCCGCAAGGGGAGUCACUACGUCAACCAAUGAGUCUGAUGACGAUUUGGACAAUCUUUUUCUUCGAACUCUUCUCGCAAAAUCGAGCUAUGAAGAUCAGGACAACACGUCCAAGGAAGGUGUGAAGUGGCUAGCAGAGACUAUUCAAAAAGACCGAAAGCUACUCGAAAAGCUUAAAGAGAGUAACUUGGACGGUGGUCCAAUUCCGAAAACACCUUUCGCCACUAAAUCGUCAUCGGUGAGUUUGGAGACCAUGGCGAGGGAUCAUCUUUCAAAACGAAAAGUUGAGUCCUCUUCCAACAGCAAGUUUGCACAUCUCAUGAAAAUGGAUGUACUGCCCAGUUUCGAACACUAUCGGUGGCGGGAUAAAAAGAUAGUAGAGCUGCCGACAAAUCCCUUACGAAUGUUUGACAAGCGCAGAGCUAGUGUCCUCGCUGCAUACGACCAAUAUGUGGACUACACCCUGGGAAGAACUUUUACGGUGCUGGACACCGGAUAUAUGGGCCUUGCGCCUGCUGGAGUUGAAAUUGGCGAUUUUGUCAUAUUCGUGAAAGAGUAUGGAGUUUUCUUGGCUAUACGGCCAGCAGCUCUUUCAACAAGUGUAAAAGAGGAGUUGAAGCUGGAAGAGUUGCGGAAGAAACAGUUGAUGGAGGAAAGGGCUAGGAAAGAACAAGCUACGAAGGAGAAGAUCGGCGAGGGCGGUGUUGAACAGAAGGAGAAAAGCCAAGCAGAGCCAGCAUACAAAGAAGGUCAAGAAAGCCAUGGGCCCAGCGAUUCCGACGACGGAGAUUCGUUUGAUCUAGAAAACACCUUUCGACUAGUUGGCGAGGCUUUUGUCACAUGCAGCAAUGUGCAAAACCAGCCAGGCACAGAAACCUCGGCAGCGGAUGACGAUCUGAGAUGGUUUAGCUUAUGGUAG